GGGAGGUGUCCUGCCUGUGGCGAAGGCUCGGCUAGCUGGAGCUGGGGAGAGGCGGCGGGGCGGCGAUCCCCACAUCCUUUCCGCACCGACGCGUCUGGGCUCCGAGACCGAGAGAUUCGGUCAACGGCCGGAGACCAGGCCGGGCGUCCAAGCAAGGCAUCGGGCCUAAGACCCAUGAAUUAGGAGGAGAGUCGGGGUCGGAAGGGAACCCCGCCGGGAGAAAGGGGCGCACUCUUUCGGUGACAGAACAUCCGGCCCUGGUUUCCUCCCUAACCCUGCGUCUGGGAGCGCUGCGUGAGGCUCCACGAGGAAUAGGCGAGCACCGCGGGCUACUACCGACGCAUUGUUUGGAAGAGGCGAAGCAUACGCCUCCCCAUCAUAACCCCACCAAAAUGGCUGCUUUGGGACACACAUUCCCCUUCUAUGCUGGCCCCAAGCCGACCUUCCCAAUGGAUACCGCCUUGGCCGUCAUCAUCACCAUCUUUCUGACUGCACUGGUCACCUUCAUCGCCAUCCUGCCUGGCAUUCGGGGCAAAAUGAGGCUGUUCUGGCUGCUGCGGGUGGUGACCAGCUUAUUCAUCGGAGCUGUGAUCCUGGCUGUGAAUUUCAGUUCUGAGUGGUCUGUGGGCCAGGUGAGCACCAACACAUCAUACAAGGCCUUCAGUUCCCAGUGGAUCAGCGCAGUCCUUGGGCUGCAGGUUGGGCUGGGAGGAGUCAACAUCACACUCACAGGGACCCCAGUGCAGCAGCUGAAUGAGACCAUCAAUUACAAUGAGCAGUUCACCUGGCACCUGGGCGAGAACUAUGCCAUGGAGUAUGCAAAGGCCCUGGAGAAGGGGCUGCCGGACCCCGUGCUCUACCUAGCCGAAAAGUUCACCCCAAACAGCCCAUGUGGCCUGCAUGGCCAGUACCGCCUGGCAGGACACUACACCUCGGCCGCACUGUGGGUGGCAUUCCUCUGCUGGCUGCUGGCCAAUGUGAUGCUGUCCAUGCCGGUGCUGGUCUACGGUGGCCACAUGCUUCUGGCCGCAGGCAUCUUCCAGCUGUUGGGGCUGCUCUUCUUCUCCCUGGCCACGUCACUCACCCCACCCUGCCCCCUGCGCCUGGGCGCUGCUAUGCUGCACGCUCACUGUGGGCCUGCCUUCUGGAUCACAUUGACCACAGGACUGCUUUGUGUACUGCUGGGCCUGGCUGUGGUGGUGGCUCACAGGAUGCAGCCCCACAGGCUGAAGGCUUUCUUCAACCAGAGUAUGGGGGAAGGUGCCAUGCUGGAGGGGAAUCCUGAGGAAGGGGGACUCCUGAGCCCCCACUAUCGGUCCAUGGCGGAGAGUCCUGAGCCCCAGGACAUUCCUCUGUCGGAGGAUUUCUCCAAGGCUUGCUGCAAGGAAGAACACCCCAGAGAGCCUGACUGUGCCCUUUAAAACUCCACUUCCUGGUGGUCACCUGGGCCCCCUCUCUGGCUCCAGACCUCCUGGGAGCCUCACAGGCCCAUCAGAACUGCUUGCUGGAAGGGUUGUAUCAGGCUGCCAGUCCCCAAUCUGUAGAAAAAGGAGACUCACCCUACUGAUGCUAAGAAAACAAAACAGAACUCCCUAAGGUGCUGAACAGACAUGAGGGCUGCUCAUAAGCCAUCACCAUGUAAGUCCAAGCAGCAGCCGUCCAUUUCUGCAGAGCAAUGCUGCCUUGCCUUGAGACUUUGCCUCUUCAAGGUAUCAUUAUUGAAACCCAACUUCACCCACGAUGGUGUGUGUGGAGGGGAGGUUACCCUGUGUGAUUCCCCUGUGGUCCCUCUUAUCCCUCUGCACCUCUGGUUUUCCUUUUUCCUGGGUCCCUUUUGUUCUUCCUUUACUUUCCCAGCUUGCAUGGUCUCUUGGUACAAUGAAAGCCCUGGGAGAAAGAAGGAACCAAACUUCCCACACCAGGUAUAAUAUUAACUGAAUGUGCCACAUUCUCUUGAGCUGUAGUUCUCAAAUUUUUCAAAUAAGAUUGUAGGACUUGCCGAGGACCUAAAAAAUAUUCAGUAUUUACAUUUUUAUGCCUUGCUGAUAUCUACCUUGGCCCUUGUAUACCACUCCUUAGUGAAUAAACUGGAAUUAGUAAGUAAACUCCAAAACACCAUUCCUUCCUAGCCCACUCAGCUGAGCUAGCAGAAGAGGAUGCCCCUGGGCCAGUGGGAGGGUGGCCUGCCUGGGCACUGCUCCCCUACUAUCCACCUGGGGCCUCUCAGGGAGAUGCUGGCUUUGGUCAGUUCUCCUCUGGGCUCACUAGAGGGCCCUCACCCCUCUCCCAGAGCCUGUCCCAGGUCACUCUGGGUUCUCCAGACCCAGAGAAUCUGGUUUCCUGACAAAGCAGAGAAAGAGUGUACCAGGCUACCUCCAGCCAAGGGAAGUCUUCCAGUGCCGCAUAUCCCCCAAGAGCCUGGAAAAGCCAUGGAAAUUAAUGGAAAAAAGUUUUUUAGAAACAAAAGCAUAAAGAAUUUAUUUACAACUCA